AUGCCCAAUGUGCCACCAAUUCAUGGCAAGUUGAUCCUGUUCGGCAACGUCAAUAUCAUCCCCGAUCACUACAAUGAUUGGCAAACAGCGUAUGACAAGCUGGCGACUUACGUUUUCCAAAAUGAGCCCAACACCUACUCGUACUACUUCGGGAUUCCACUCGAGUACGCUGCCGAGCCCUCUCGUACGGACUACAUGUUCGCUUUCGAGAUGUAUGGCACGCGCGACGAUCUCUACGAGACGCACCUGAAGUCAGAACCCAUGACGCAAGCCUUCCUACCAUCAGCCCUUCCGCUCAUGACGACCGGACUGGACCUCGUCCAUUACGGCGUCGUGGGUGGGUUCCUGGACAUUUUCGGUGACAAGGCAGAAUGCGGCAUCAUGCAGGACAUUCAGAUUCGAUGCAUAGACGAGGCCGCGCGGCAGAAGCUACUGGAUGCGUUGAAAAUGGUCUGCCGAAGCGUUGAGGUGGCGCAACGGCAGGAGGGGAUGGGCGAAAUCCUGACCUUCUUGGGCCUCAAGAGCCUAGACAAUGAUGUCGGCGCCCGCAUCUACGCACGCUACAAAGGCCGAUCGGCCAUGGAGGCGUGGCAGAGAAGCGAUAUCGUUCAAGGGUUCUGGAGGGUGAUCAAAGGAAACGUAGCCGACAUGACAUCUCGUGCGUACGUGCCAAAUGGCAAGGGAUGGCUGUGGAAGUGA